UUAAAAGAGCUGCAUGUGGCUUACUCUCAAUUGGCCAAGAGUUUCUUGAAUUUAUCCAAGAACGGUAACUUCAAAAUGACUGUCUAUGCCUUUUAUUCCAGCUCUUAUUUUGAAGCUCUUUCUAUAUCUUGUCCUUUCUUUUUUUUUUCAGAAAUGGCGGCUGACAACUUCCUGCUGCCUGAAGAUCUUUUCCAGUGCUCCAUUUGUCUGGAUGUUUUCAAAGAUCCGGUCAGCACGCCAUGUGGACACAACUUCUGCAAGAACUGCAUCACCGAGCACCUAAACUUGGACGUUCCACUUCAGUGCCCCAUCUGUCGGAGGAUGUUCUACCCCAAACCAGAGCUGCAGACCAACACUCUUAUCAAAGACAUGAUUGAUGCGCUCAGACAGACAGCUCAGAACAGACCGGUGGAGGUCCACUGUGCUGUUUGUUCCAAAACCAAACAAAAAGCACAGAUCUUCAACACAGCGUGCCUCUUUCUGGUUUUUAUCCUCAUAGUUUAUUGUAUUUCUUUGAGAGAAGCCUCUUCAGGAGGGAAGUUGGAGAAAGCAGACAAAAACUUUCAGGAGCAGAUCCAAGAGAUUGGUCAGAAGAUUGAGGAGCUGAGACUCUCAGUGCAGCUCUGUGAUGAAGAGGAGCACGUCACCAAGCAGAAGGAAACACAGAUGCAGUUCAUCGAAGAGCUAAAUAUGAAGGAGCUCUCAGAGGUAGGGCAGUUCUCCAAUGACCAUCUGAAGCACAAGCUGGAAGAGGUGAUGGAGACUCCAAACCAGCUGGCGAGAGUCCAACAACACGCCAUAGAAGUGACCUUUGACCCUGAUACGGCCCAUCCGGGGCUUAUCCUGUCUGCUGAUCGGAAACAAGUGAGAUGCUGCGAUUUCAAGAGGAAACUUCCAGAAAACCCAAAGAGGUUCACAGAAUCUGUCUUUGUUUUGGGAAAGCAGGGUUUUAACUCAGGCAGGUUCUACUUUGAGGUUCAAGUCAAAGGAAAGACAAAGUGGUCAAUAGGAGUGGCCAAGGAGUCGGUCAGCAGGAAAGGAGACAUUAAGCUGCGUCCUCAGAACGGUUUCUGGACCCUCUGGAUGAAGAGUAGAGGAGAGUACAGAGCUCUGGCAGGCCCGUCGGUGUCGGUCCCUCUCAGGUCGGCUUUCGAAAAGGUGGGAGUGUUUGUGGAUUAUGAGGCGGGUCUGGUCUCCUUCCAUGACGUGAACAAUGCGGCUACCAUCUACUCCUUCACCGGUUGCCAUUUUACAGAGAGACUCUUUCCAUUCUUUGAUCCCAGUAUAAACAACGAUGGUCAGAACUACGCACCACUGAUUAUCUGACUAUUUUUGAAAUAUAUUGUUGCUACUGCAAUGACUGACUCUUGUGCUUGUGGAUAUAUGUGUCUAAUCUGGUGCACUUAUUGUCUCUGUACUAAAAUUUGAAAGACUGAGACUACAUCUGCAGAGACUGAAGACAGCUGGACUCAGAAUGUAGACUUAUAUGUCCCAUAAAAAAAGAAAAAAAAA